GGGCUUUUGCGCUAUUGAUAUCAAAAUUUUCAACGUCAACGUUCUUAAAAAAGAUAUUAAAGUAGUACUUUUGACGAAAGUUAAAAUGAAUUUAAUUACUUAUUUAUAGAAGAAACAUACAUAAAUUGUUGAUAAAUAAGUGACUGAUAGAUCAACAAACACUAAACAAACAAAAAAAUAAAUCAGGCAUACAUGUAAACUUGUCAUAAUCAUAUACAAUUUAAGAAGGUGAAAGUAAAGUCUAGUUGGCUGUUGGCAUAACACAGUUUAUACUGAUUACCUUGGUAUUGUGGUUUUAUGAUUUUUAUAAAUAUAAAUUUAUGAAAUAUUAACCAAGAAGGUACCAAAGGGCACCAUCCUACCUUUGAAAAAAAGAAAAAAAAGGCCUCGCUUAAUCUUAUUUUAUUUUUCUUUCACUAUACAGAUCAAGAUUCAAGAGCUGCAUGGACAUAGACAAUGUAAUUCUGGCGAAAUUGUCAUAUUCCAAGGAUUGCAGAUUAUACAUGUUGUAUUAGAUAUUUUGAAUAUCCUCUUCUAACUCGAGGAACAAUUGUUCUGUACUCUUGAAAAAGAAUUCUUAAAAUACAGAAAUUGGUUUCUACAAAAAGAUAAAGCAAGAUGCAGAUGUCGGAUGGUACAGUGAUGGAGACCAGUCAGACAUGUUUAAAUGUCAAUAUCCAAGAAACAAAAAGUGACGAGGUCGUACAGUGGGAGAAUAAUGUCCGAACAACCUCACAAUUCCAGGAAUUGCUACAAGACAACUUAGAGGAGGACGUUAUAUUUGAGAUAUUUAAACUUGUUGAGCGUGGUUUCAUUGAGCUAGAAGACAUUGACGAGACAGUCAGGAAGGCGUUGACUCGGUUCAGCAGGAAGCAGGGCAUACAGUUUUUCAAGGUGCUGGCAAACAAAGAUCUAAGUCACAUAGCUCGUAAAGCUCCCUACAUAUGCUCACAGACCAAGAUUUUUGGGUAUUAUAUAAAGAACCAAGCUACGAUAUUUAAUGGACCAAACCAAGAUAAGGUCGAUGAUUUACUGAAUAAGACACAUUAUCCACUCAAAGUAACACAAGGUCAAAGAUGUUAUGGACCUGCACCAGACUGGGAAGGCCUGGAACCGGAACAUCGUGAGAUUUCUGUCAGUAAGAUUCCGUCAGACUGGUACGAAGACAAACUGGUUCCAGUGUUUGCAAAAUUCGGCAAGAUUUAUGAGUUACGUAUCAUGGUAGAUAACAUCACGGGAUUGACCCGAAAUUUCUGUUUUAUUAAAUAUUGGGACGAGGAAGAGAAUGAAAGGGCUCUCCGGAAGAUUGAUGGAAUGAUGAUCGAGGAAGGCCAGACAUUGAAGGCAAAUUUUUCAUCUUGUAACAAGCGGAUUUUUGUCGGAAACGUUCCUAAGACAAUGACUGCCGAGGCGUUGAAACAGACUUUUGGUGAAUAUGUUGAAGGUAUAACAGAUAUAGAAGUGUUUGUAAGUGAAGAGAGAGCUGACCAAGGUCACCGUAACCGAGGUUUCUGUUUUGUCGAGUUCAAAAAUCAUGGUCUGGCAGCUGAGGGGAAGAAAAUGCUGUCUGGUAUUGGACCAAGACUUUUUGAUGGACAAAUGUUAAAGGUUGAAUGGUGCGAGCCUCAGUAUGAACCCUCGUCUCAAGAACUGGUCAAAGUAAAAGCUGUCCAUGUUAGUAACUUAUCAUCUGACGUUACAGAAGAGAUGCUGAGAAAGAAGUUUGAAUAUUACGGAAAACUGUUCCACGUGCAGAAAGUACGAGACUACGCAUUUGUUCAUUUUGAGGAGCGGGAGGACUGUUUGAGAGCCAUAGAGGAAGCAAACAAUACAGAGUUUGGUGGACUAACUAUCAAGUGUCAUAUUUCAACUUCGGGACCGUUGAAGAGAAAAAUCAAGCGACAGAACGAGAAAGCUCGUAUGCGCGGCGAAUUUGGAUUUGGAAAAAGGAAGGAAAGACAACCACCACCUCCGCCCAAAAGAAAAAAUGAUUGGAGAUUAAGUGAUGGUGGCGGUCAUAGACAAGGGGGAGGUGGAUACAGGCAAGGAGGUGGCGGUUACAGGCAAGGAGGUGGGGGUUACAGGCAAGGAGGUGGGGGCUAUGGUGGUGGGAAUAACAGAUAUGGCGGAGGUGGAAAUGACGGAUUUAGGGCUGGAAUGAAAAGGAGGCACGAUGAUCGAGAUGAUAGGUACGGGAACUACGGCGGGGGGUAUUCCGGUGGGUAUAAGCAGGCCCGAUAUUGAGAAAACUAUGAGAAUUAUGGAUGAAAUCUCUGAAUGAUCUAGUUUGCUGAAGACAAUUCAGUUGGAAGUUCUUUGAUAUAUUUGACGAUGUACAACAGAAAGUACUUUAGAGUGAGCAUGACAAUGAAAGAAGGAAAUGAAAUUUUUAGUUUGGACUUUUGUCUUUUGUCACUUCUUUGUACUAGCCACUUCUGCUAUUUUACUUUCCUACACAGUGACUUCAAAUUUUUUGAAAAGAAUUUUGAGUUAUUUGUAAAUGUCUCAUUGAUUCAUGAUGAAUUAGAUAUUGGUCAUAAGGAAUUCAAUAGGUAUGAGCAUAACAUGUACAGGAAAGGAGUUUAUCAAUAAACUUUAUCAACUAUGAAAUAUUAGUUGAAGAAAGUAUGAAUUUUCAGAGGUUCUUUAUUGCUUUUCCGUAUGGCAGUAUGGUCCAAUUUUCAAGUGAUAUUCAUUUUAAAGUUUGGUCUUUUAAAUGUCAUGCCAUUUUCAUUUUUCAUAUGCCAUUUUCAAAUGUUGUUUGUAAGAAAACAAUUCUUUGUCAUUAAAUCUGUUGUUAAUGUUUUGUUUCUUAUUUCAUCAAUUAUCAUUGAUAAAUCAUGGUAUUUUUUAAGAAAUAAAAGUCUGAGGUAAAAUGA